UCACCAGUUCGUGGCACUUCACAAAACGAUGAUCAAAGGCCAAGGACUAAAUUCGAUGCACUGUGUCCGGAGGCACAUCGCGGCCUUGAUAAGGCAACAGCACCGGUCACUGCAAACCCAACACACGAAAGAUCGGCGACGGCGAGUCGUCAUCACGGGUCUCGGCGUGGUGUCUCCGGUCGGAUGUAAUGUAACGACGGCAUGGCAAACGAUCCUGUCCGGUCAAUCCAAGGUAGGCCGUCUGAUCGGGGAUGCGUACGAAAAGCUACCCUGUCGUGUGGCGGCCACGAUCGAUAAGCAGGAUGUUGAUCUCGAGCAGAGCUUCCCAAAGAGCGAACUGAAGACGAUGGCCCGCAGUACGGCAUUUGCGUUGCUAGCCGCGAAGGAAGCGUUGACGGCGGCCUCCUGGACCCCGUCCGUCGAGGACGAGAUUGCGUGUCAGCGUACGGGUGUAGCCGUCGGAAUGGGCAUGGUGGAUUUGCAGGACAUUUGCGAAACCAACGAAGCGUUAAAGAAAGGCUACAACCGGGUGAGCCCGUUCUUCGUGCCCCGGAUUCUACCGAACAUGCCGGCAGGACAGUUGAGCAUCAAGUAUGGCUUCCGAGGUCCAAAUCACGCCGUAUCGACUGCCUGCGCCACGGGAGCCCAUUCGAUCGGGGACGCUUUCCGGUUCAUCCGUAACGGUGAUGCAGACGUGAUGGUUUGCGGUGGAGCCGAGGCCUGUAUCAAUCCACUGGCCAUCGCCGGCUUCUGCCGACUGCGAGCCCUCAGUACAGCGUUCAACGAUGAUCCAACGGCUUCCUCGCGACCGUUCGAUGAGCAUCGUGAUGGAUUUGUGAUGGGCGAAGGUUCAGCUAUCUUUGUCCUAGAGGAACUGGAGCAUGCACGAAGCCGCGGGGCACCGAUACAGGGUGAAAUACUUGGCUACGGAUUGUCUGGUGAUGCUUCGCACUUGACGGCACCGAGAGAGGACGGUACGGGUGCAAAGUUAGCGAUGACACGUGCCCUAAACGAUGCCAAUCUUACCAUCGGCGAGGUGGGCUACAUAAACGCGCACGCCACUUCCACACCCAUCGGGGAUGCCAUCGAGGCCCGCUCUAUUCGUACUCUAUUCGGUGACCAUGCGGAUAAGGUUGCCGUUUCCUCGACAAAGGGUGCCCACGGACAUCUACUGGGGGCUGCCGGUAACCUGGAGGCCAUGUUCACAGUGUUGGCCUGCCGUCACGGUGUGCUUCCACCAACGGUCAAUCUCGGUAGCAUCACGGAUGAUAUGGCUGGACUACGGUUCGUGGCUAAAAAUUCCGAACCAUGGGACGACGGACGGCGACGAGUGGCACUGAAAAAUUCCUUCGGCUUCGGUGGAACCAACGCGUGCCUUUGCAUCGGUGAAUACCAAGAAUAAAGGGGCAGUUAGGCAUUCUAUCGAUCGUGUUUCUUCUUGUGUUUCUUGGUCUUCCGUUCUAGAGAGCUAGAUGGGGAUUGGCGUUUCCGCUUCUUGUGUCUGGACCGUGAUCGACUUCGGUCUCGCUUUUUAGCCUUCUUUUUAC